AGGCGAAGGAGGUAGGGCCCGGCGGUGAACCGCAAAGUUGGGGGUGUUAGAUCUUCUGUGGGCCCUCUUUUUUUGGGGUGAGGUGAAUCGGAGGGUGUCUUGUAUAGGUGGAAUUUGUGAGAAACAGCGCGUCGGCCUCGCCCCGCCAUUCCUUCAGCGGAUGUCCGCUGCCGUGGCGACCCUGCUACGCCGGGCCCUAGGUCCACUGCGCCGGCUCCCGGGCGGUCCCCGACCUGCAGCAGAUGUCCCCCGGGCCGGUAGCCAUGGCGCCGGCCUGCUGUACCCGGGCCACAUCCCCACGUCCCCGCUGCAGAAGGCGCUGCUGGCCGCCGGCUCCGCCGGAAUGGCUCUCUACAACCCUUAUCGCCACGACAUGGUUGCAGUUCUCGGGGAGACCACAGGACAUCAUACUCUGAAAGUCCUCAGAGACCAGAUGAGGAGGGAUCCAGAGGGUGCCCAGAUCCUACAAGAGCGUCCCAGGAUCUCACUGUCUACCCUCGACCUAGGCAAGCUCCAGAGCCUGCCUGAAGGCUCCCUAGGCCAUGAAUAUCUUCGUUUUCUGCACGUGAAUAGGGUCUCCCCAGACACUCGAGCUGCCACCCGCUUUGUGGACGAUGAGGAGCUUGCGUACGUGAUUCAGCGAUACCGGGAGGUACACGACAUGCUCCACACGCUGCUGGGAAUGCCCACCAACAUCCUGGGGGAGAUUGUGGUGAAAUGGUUUGAGGCUGUCCAGACUGGCCUGCCCAUGUGCAUCCUGGGUGCGCUCUUUGGACCCAUCCGACUCAGUGCUCAGAGCCUGCAAGUGCUAGUCUCAGAGCUGAUCCCCUGGGCAGUUCAGAAUGGGCGAAGAGCCCCGUGUGUCCUGAACCUGUACUACGAGAGGCGCUGGGAUCAGCCCCUAGGGGCACUGCGGGAGGAACUAGGCAUCACAACACCUCCAAUGCAUGUCCGGGGCAUGGCCUAGGCUCUAAGCUGCUGAGCCAGGAAGGCCUGGCCUGCCUCCCCCUUGGGGACAGAGAGCUCCCUUGCCACUACCUUAAUUUGUUGUAAUUCCUGCUGAGGGACCUUGAGGACCAACCCUGGAGGGAGUGGUGGGGCUCCCAACGGAGUUAGGAGCUGACUGAAGAGAACCACCUGGAAUGGCAAUCAGCUGUCAGGACUUAGGCUGGCAUGUCUCAAGUUUACAACUCCUGGGCUCUUCUCUUCCAGCCAGGUUUUUUUGGAGUGAGGACUACACUCAGUCCAAAGGCCUGAGGAGAGGGAGUGGAUGAGGAGGAGAAUAUACUUCUGAAUAAAGGCUCAGAUCAGGUCAAU